AUGGCCGAUCAGGAAGUGGAUUUGGAUUCGAUCAUCGAUAGAUUGCUGGAGGUGAGGGGUAGCCGGCCAGGCAAGCAAGUUCAGCUUUUGGAAUCCGAGAUCCGUUAUCUGUGCACCAAGGCGAGAGAGAUUUUCAUCUCCCAGCCUAUCUUGCUGGAGUUGGAAGCACCAAUCAAGAUCUGCGGUGAUAUUCACGGCCAAUACUACGACCUCCUGCGUCUGUUCGAAUACGGUGGCUUCCCCCCUGAGGCUAAUUACCUUUUCCUCGGAGACUACGUCGACCGUGGCAAGCAAUCCUUGGAGACCAUCUGCUUGCUCCUGGCCUACAAGAUCAAGUACCCCGAGAACUUCUUCGUCCUGCGUGGCAACCACGAGUGUGCCUCUAUCAACCGUAUCUAUGGUUUCUACGAUGAAUGCAAGCGGAGGUACAACAUCAAGCUAUGGAAGACUUUCACUGAUUGCUUCAACUGCUUGCCCAUUGCCGCCAUCAUCGAUGAGAAGAUUUUCACCAUGCACGGAGGUUUGAGUCCCGAUUUGAACUCCAUGGAGCAGAUUCGGCGCGUCAUGCGUCCUACUGAUAUUCCCGACUGCGGUCUCCUGUGUGACCUUCUGUGGUCCGACCCCGACAAAGACAUCACCGGCUGGAGCGAGAACGACCGUGGCGUUUCGUUCACGUUCGGCCCGGAUGUUGUAUCGCGAUUCCUUCAGAAGCACGACAUGGACUUGAUAUGUCGUGCGCAUCAAGUCGUUGAGGAUGGAUAUGAGUUUUUCUCCAAGAGGCAACUCGUUACAUUGUUCAGUGCGCCCAACUACUGCGGCGAAUUCGACAAUGCUGGUGCAAUGAUGAGCGUCGACGAAAGUCUACUAUGCUCCUUCCAGAUCCUGAAACCAGCAGAGAAGAAACAAAAGUACGUUUACGGCGGCAUGAGCUCAGGCAGGCCCAUCACUCCUCCGCGAAAGCAAAAGAAGAAGUAA